AUGCUGGUAAAACUUCUUGCCCUAUUGAAAAAGGAUGCAAUUCUGGCGACACGAAGCAAAGUGUGGACCAUGUUCGAGCUACUACUUCCGGUAUUUAUUCUCUUUGUUGUGAAUGGUAUGAUGGAGACGAUAUCUGAUCAAAUGCAAAAAGGCACGAAGGAAAUAGACCAAUUAGGCGAUUACUCAGCAACGUCGGUUAUUGCAUUUAUUCCACCCCAAAUUUGUGACAUGAAAAAAGUGGAUCCAAAAAUAUUGUUCAGAAAUGGCAGCGAUGAAGUUUGGGGAGAGUAUAAUAUGGGUCGCAUUGACUCGGUUAAUCCUAAAUAUAAAUUCACCGAAGACGACGCGCUCAAAAAAAUGGCGGAUUGUGAGCAAGCAACCAUGAUAGUGCACAAUUCUGGAAAAGACUUCACUGUUUUCGUUCCGAUAGUAGGUGAAAUUCCAGUAGCUGACUUUAAAGACGCAAUGUCAAUGAAAGGGGACAAAUACUUCUUCUCGUCCGUUUUUAUUCAGGCAAUCCUAGAGGUGGACAAACCCAAAAAAGAUAAACACAGAUUAUCUGACAAUAUAGAGGUCAAUAAAAUAAAAGCGAGAGAUGUCAAAAUUCCAGAGGUUGCCCUUCCAUACUUUCAUGUUAUUAUUGGAUUGAGUAUGAUGGUAACUAUAGUCAAUGUAGUACGAACGGUUGUGACAGAGAAGUCGACAGUGAAACCUUAUCUCUCUGCAAUUGGUCUUCCUGGAUGGUUGUUCUACUUGGAACACUUCAUUGCCACUUUCCUCAAGUCCAUUAUCACAUGCAUUGGAUCAUUGAAAUAUUUCAUGGGCCUAAAAUACACAAGCCUUGCCCUACUGAUGAUGGGUGUCAUUCUCUACAUCAUCGGAGCCAUCGCUUUUGCGAUUCUCCUCUCUGCCAUCUUCACAAAUGCCAAACGUGGAAUCGAAGCUUCUUUGGUCGCCUGGAUCAUCAUAAUGUUCUUUCCGAUGACCCAAGACGAAGAUGAUUUGAGUCUUCUCUACUCCAUAAACAUCAACUAUGCGUAUUACUAUUUUUUGAAAAAAGUCCAAAUUAAUUCGUUGGCCAACUUCAAAUUGUCGUUUGGAUCAUUAUUCGACACCACCUAUAUUGAGGGAACUGCACCUGGAUACUACUUCCUCAUGAUGAUUUUCGAUGUUGUCUGGAUGAUUGCAGCCGCAUUGUUAUACGAUCGAUACGGAGGAAAGUUGUCAGGCAUCAAGGAUUUAUUCAGCGUUUGUUUAUUGUUGUUAGGAACUCUAUUAAUAUCCUGGUUACAGGGUGGAAAAGGUAGAAAGAAGGCCGGGUCCGAUGAAGACGUGAUUCUAGAAGGAUGUAUUGAAAACGUGAAAAUGAGAAGUAAGGCGGUGUCCGAUGUGGAAUUGAACAAUGUCGUCAAAGUCUAUCCAACUGGAGAAAGAGCUGUGAAUGGUCUCUCAUUUCGUGCAAUUCGUGGUCAAGUGUCCAUUCUUCUUGGCCAAAAUGGUUGUGGAAAGAGUACCACCUUCUCUAUGAUUUCUGGGGUUGCUUUACCCACUUCAGGAUCCAUUGAAGUUGCUGGAGUUGACGCAGUCCGCCAGAAAGACAAAGCCCGAAAGUUCAUUGGAUUCUGUCCCCAAUACAAUCCUCUAUACGAUCGUCUGACAGUUCUGGAACAUCUUGAACUGGUGAAUGCUCUGAAAGAAGGACCACCUCAUUUGUUUUUGGGAGAAGCUAAACAACUGCUCCAGGCGAUCCGGUUGGCAGAUAAAGCAGGCACUCAUUCUGCAAAUUUGUCUGGAGGCAUGAAAAGAAAACUUUGUGUUUGUAUGGCUAUGAUCGGAGGUAGUAAGGUUGUUCUGCUGGAUGAACCGACUGUUGGAAUGGAUCCUGGAGCAAGAAAAGAUGUGCAAAUGAUGCUUGAAAAGAUCAAAGUUAACAGAACAAUCCUGCUGACAACUCACUACAUGGACGAAGCGGAACGUUUAGGAGAUUGGGUGUUCGUGAUGUCGUACGGUAAAAUGGCUGCUAGUGGAUCGUUGAACUACCUGAAGAAGAAAUUCGGUUCUGGUUAUGUCUUGACUGUGGUGUUGGAUGUUAAAAGUGACAGAAAACAUUCAACGAGACUUGUUAAGGAAAUAUGCCACCAUAUCAUUCCGGAUUCUCGAUUGAAAGACCAAAGAGGACAGAUGAUAGAAAUGACACUUCCAGAGGAUGCGAAAAAUAAAGUGGUUCCUCUGCUGAAAGUUCUCGAAUCAAUAAUUGAAAAGAAGUACAAAAGUGGACCGAUCAAAAAACUUCCCAGUGCUUUGAAAGAAAAAAUCAAGAAAUUGAAAAUCACAACUCUAGGAUUGUCUUUGAGUUCUCUGGAAACAGUUUUUAUUCGGAUUUGUGAUGAGUGUGAUUUGGUGAUUGCAAAGGAAAAGAAUCUGGAAGAUAAGAGGGAAAUAGCAGAGAAAAACUACGAAAUGUUAACGGAAAUGAAGAAGAACAAAAGAGUGACUGGAACAGCCCUACAGUCUUCUCAAUUCACUUGCUUGCUUCGCAAAAGGUACUACUACACUCUCCGGAACAUCUACCAACUUUUCUUCCAAAUCAUCAUUCCGAUUCUUAUUGUCAUAUUUGGUUUGCAUUCCAUGAAAGUUGAAGAAACGGCUAAACCCAAGAAAUUGGAAAAACUUGACUUGAACAUCUUUCCGAAAUCGGUGGUUGUCAUGAUGAAAGGAUCUGGAAAAACGGAUCAUUACGAUAAGAUAAAAUCACAAAUAGAAGGGUUUAAACAUCUGACAGUGAAAGAACACGAUGCGGCGAAAGACCAUGAAGAACUUGUGCAAGAGUACUAUAAAGAGAAACUAGGAUUCAUUGUGAUGGUAUCUGAAAAUGUAGCCAGAAUCUUUUAUAACCAUGCGGUCACUCGUGCUUCUCCAGUUCUAACCACACUCGCCGCCAAUUGGUAUUCCGAACAUGGUCCAUACAAUGUUGAAUUGAAAUGGCUAACAUCAAGUAAAGAAGAAGCCACCAACAAGUUCAUGAUGUUCCUCUUUGUUCCUUUCUUCCUUAUGCUUGGCUUCGCUUUGGUCACUGCUCCAUUCGUUCAAUUUUCGAUUGAAGAGAGAAUUUGCAAGUUUUCCCAUCAACAACAUCUCACAGGAAUGUCAAAAAUGAUCUUCUGGUCAGCCAACAUUUUAUGGGAUUCUUUGAUAUUUAUCAUUUUCUGUGUUGAAACUAUACUGAUCUUUUUGGCGUUCGGUCGAUACCAGAACUGCCUUCCUUUAAUCAUUUUGGUCUACUCCGUACUUUUACUUGCCAUUCUUCCUAUCACCUAUGUGGCUUCUUUAGUCUUUGAAUCGCCAGCCAAAGCGUCGACGCUCCUUGUUCUCUACCAAAUGGUCUUGGGAAUAAUCAUUGUUUUGACUAUGAUGAUUUUAUCUUUUAUCAAAUCUAAAGUCUCAAAUGUUAUUACGCCAAUAUUCUACAUCCUCUGCCCACCUAGUGCUUUUCUCUUUGGGUUUUUCAAGACAACAAUUGAAGAGGAGCUGAAAAAGGAUCCAGAAGGAAUGCUUAGUCAAAUGCUCGCGACUUAUUUUUUCCUUGGUCUGGCUUCUUUUGUUUCAAUCGUUACAGUAUACGCUAUGCAAAAUCGAGCCACAAAAGUUGCCAUUUUUGAUAUGAGACACAGUGCCAAGAAGCCGAUUCCGAAGAAACCUGUGAGACUGGCUCCAUGCAAGGCAGUAAUGCUCGAGGAGCAGCUUGUUCAUCGACCCCAAGUCAAAAAUUGUACGGUUGUGGUUAAGGAUCUUGUCCGUGUAUUUGGAACCUUCCGUGCCGUGAAUGGUGUUUGUCUAACAGUCAGAAACAAUGAAUGUUUUGGACUUCUUGGAACAAAUGGAGCCGGAAAAACGACCACUUUUGAUAUUCUCACAGGACUUCGUUUUCCAAGUGGAGGAUCUGCGGUCAUUGAUGGAAAAGAUGUGGUCAAACAUAAUGUAAAUUAUUAUGUUGGAUAUUGUCCCCAGUUCGAUUCUAUUCUUCCUGACUUAAAAUGUAUUGAGGCGCUUGAGAAAGAGAAUUUCUCCAGAAUUGCAAUCCUUCGAAAAGGAGAAAUGAUUGCUCUCGGAACAAGUCAAGAUCUCAAAUCCCAAUAUGGAAACACCUACACAAUGACUCUUAUGGUCAAGAAAAUUAGUGAACGCGAGAGAGUCAUAAAAGGAGUUCAGAAGAAAAUGAAAGAGGCUGUUCUGAAGACAGCGUUGACAAAUAUCACGACUAGUUUGGUAUGGGAGCUGCCAAAAAGGCCCGGUGAUAAAUGGUCGAGGAAGUACGAGAAGGUGGAGAAGUUGGCGAAAAAGUUGCAUGUCAAGGAUUUCAUGUUGACACAGUCAUCACUUGAAGACACUUUUAUUACUCUCACUGAUUGA